AUAACAAUUAUGAACGGAAUUUCAAACUUAGAUGCAUAUUCUAGUGUUAGAUGUCCACGUACUCACCUCGAUUCGUUUCGAUAUGAUUCAGUUCUAGAGAACGUCGCUCGGAUGCCAACAUCGGAGCACUCCAACCUGCUGCCCGCUACUGCCCGAAACCCCUGUUGGACAGAGCUGGAAACGCUGUCGCCGUUGACUGAGUCAACUCGCUGGAAAACAUCAUGGUCAAUCCUCUUGCUGGUUCAAUUGUUGCCGACAAGGACUACCCGCUGCCCGAACUCCGUUGCCUGAGCACAAAGAGGGGUCGCUGGAAACCAUGGAGGUUGCCAAACCCUGGUGGUUCGUCGCUGCUGGCCUUCGCCAGAACAGAGGUCGCUGGACCGCGAGGGUCGCCGGUGGAAUUCAUCGCCGUCGAAGGUUGCCGGAGAACAGGGAGUUCAGGAAGGGGGAAGAAUCCACUUCAUUCAUCUCCAUUGUUGAGCCAAGAAGAAGAAGAAGAAACAAGAAGAAGCAUCAAGGUUUCCAAUGCAAAAUCCUGAGCACAAAACAAUCAGUCUACUUGAACUUCCGGAGAUUAUUUCCAAGAAGAUUGAACGUCAGAAGCUCGAAGUUGAUAGGGGCGACCGUACGUUGAACGUUCGUUGAGGCGUAUUAUUAUCUUUCUAUUUUUCCGACCUCUACGAUAUCAAGGCGAGUACAUUGCACCUUAGUAAAGCAAUCCUUGGUUG